AUGAUUGACUCACAAGCCGACGACGAGCCAGUCAUCCAGGAGUUUUUAGAGAAUUUUAAAAACAGGAGCUCGCCUCUAUGGCGGCAAGGAUGCGUUGGCUCCGACAAUGAUGUGGAGAAGGACAGCGAUGACAGCAAAUACGUAACGCGAAAGACACUCGAAGAUUGGCUUACGGCGCAGAAAGUCGAGUCGUUGCUAAAAGCAGUCAUCAAAGAAUCAAACGGCCCUCGGCCCUCAGCGGAGAACAUUUGGAGACUAUACUUGCGACCUUUUGCAAUCCUACUGUGCCUUUUCUCCCGCGCCCAAUGGGGCUUCUGCCCUGUCGCUUUCUACUUCGAUAUGGACGAACGGCUCCCAACCUCCCUCAUCCUCCCAAUAUCUUCUAAGCAGCAGCUGGAAGAGAGUGGGAGCUCAAUCACGUACAAGAUCUCCGUAGACAAGGAGCUCGACACUUUAGUGACAGGCGCUGGUCAGGACAUUGUCUCGGAAAAUGGCCCCUACAAUACCUACGUCCUAAAGACAUAUCGAACAAGGGAUGCCUCCAAGUAUUACGACAACGAAUGCAAUGCCUUCCGUCGCCUGCGGCAUGGCAACAAGCCCUAUGUAAACAUUAUUGCAUUCUACGGCGGGUUCGCACGUGAAGGGGUCUUCAAUAUCUUUCUCGAAUACGCGGACCGUGGAAAUCUUGAUGAGUAUAUGCAGAAGACUAGGCGUCCAUCGAGAAUGAAAGAUAGAAUUAUGUUCUGGCACAACUUCCUCGAUGUGGGCCAUGGAAUUUCCGUCGUCCAUGGAUACCGAGAGGAAAUAGAUAAGGAAACAGGCGUCAGAAUACCCCUGGGGUGGCAUCAAGACGUUAAUCCAAGCAAUAUACUCGUCAAGAGUCGGAAAGGCGGAUCAGAUUAUGAUUGCGAUUUCAAACUCGCUGAUCUUGGACUUGCUCAUUUCACUGAUGAUGCUUCGUCUCCAUGGAAUGCCACAGACAAAGACACUUAUGGAACAACAGCAUACGGAGCUCCGGAAACACACAGAGAGAACGACAAGCUUCGGAUGUGCCGCCUCACUGUCCGACAAAGCGUUGACAUCUGGUCAUGGGGCUGCGUGUUAAGUGAAACAGCAACUUGGGUAUGUCAUGGAUGGCAUGCAUUGUUGGACUACCGCAGAAAACGCUCAGAGGAGGUUCUGCUCAAGACGGGCGUCAAAGAAGACAUUUUCCACUCCCACGACGAAGUCCUAUACGCAGUGAGGCAGAUGCACGACGACAUAAUCGAAAAUCGCAUGGUCAAUGACAACACUAUUGAGGAGAUAGUAAAAUUAGUUGAGGAGAUGUUGUUUAUAUCGGAUCUUGACAGACCUGCAUCAAUGUUGCUUUAUAGAAAGUCCAGAAGAAUUGUUGAUGAAUCGAAGCGGCAAAUCGAGGCCAGCCGUACGCAGUCGAACCAGUUCCAUGGAAGACCUGAGACACCUUCAACGAGCCAUCGGAGCCACCAGCUGUCAGAAUCUGGUGCAAGCUCUCGCAGCAAAUCUAACCCGACUGGCUCAAGACCAUCUGGUAUUAAUCAAUCGCCCAUGAAGCUGCACUCCAACGAAGUUCAACACCCGUAUAAAAGCAGCUAUUCGUCGCCGUCGGACGUCUCCUCGGGCUUUUCAAGCACUCAUUCAUUUCACACACCACCAAAUUUCGGGUCACCAGACCAACCAUUACCGUUUCGUCAGCAGAGACGCGCUGACUCUCACCCCCAGGCCACAAAUCAGGCAGCGUCGCUUAUUCACUUUUCAUCAUUGAAUGACCACAACAAUAAGCAUCGCAUGAAUCCCCAUGCUACUGUCUUUGGAAACCAAGAGUCGUCUAAUCCAACAAUCUCGUCGGGAGAGAGUCCUGGUACCGAGCACGAUGAUGUCUUCUCAACUGGCGAAUCCAUCCAUCAAUACGUUCAGGACGACCCCUCGGACUAUGCACCCCAGAUCGGCAUCCACAAUCAAAGCCACAUACACACACAACCACACGAAAAGUCAAUGCAAACACACACUUCCGAUACUAUGGCUCUUCAGAAUGGUCAACCGAGUGAACGCAAGCCAUAUCCAGAAAUGCUUGUUAAAGACGGUCUACAUAUCAAGAGAAGUCGAGAGCGGGGCCAAAAUGUCAAGUUUCCAAAUGAAAAGUUAUUAGAAAGUUUGAAAGUGUUGGAUAAUCGCGAUCACGCAUUCUUCAUCGAUAUUGGGAAGUCAAUGGCUGAACACAGCGCACAAGUCCGAGAAGUCGUUGAACUGCUCUUUUACAUGGUCGAGCACAAGGAUCCAGAUGGGGUGGAUCUAUAUUUCAGCGCCAUCACACCGAAAAGAUUCAAGGUGAAGAACAAGAAACAAAUACUUGAUGCACUUGAUGAUCACCCGAGCGUACGAGAGAAUCCUGAGAUAAGGCAUCGCUUGGCGUCAAUACUGGGGCAUUACAAGACCAAGUUUGGGCAGCGACAGUUGCUUGACAAGGUCACACAUUGGAAUGCUACACCUUCCAGGGGUCCGCGAAAACUGAGUCUUUACGUCCUCACCGACGGCGUUUGGCAGCCCGAUACCGACCUAGUACUUGAAAUUCAAGACAUGGUAGAUCAUCUUGAACAGCACAAGCUGAGGGACAAACAAAUCGGGAUCCAAUUUAUCCAAUUUGGAAAUGAUCCAAUAGGUACCGCGCGACUUCGACAUUUGGACCAAGGAUUGAAUUUGAAACUCGACAUUAUUGACACCACGCCGGCGACCGGCAAUGUCUGGAAGAUGCUACUUGGUGCUAUCAACGACUGGUUCGACAACGACAAGGUCGGAGUCGAGGAGAACGCCGUUGUCGCUCACAUCAACAAUUCACCCCCGCCGCCCUCAGCCUUUACCCAUCACCCUCCCCCACCAUGGUGA